CUUACCUCUCAAAAUGCUGAAACCGGCACUGUUGGCAGCCGUGUUAGCUGUUGCUGCGGCACAGACAGCAGUCAACCAGUUUCCGGAAGGUUUCCUUCUAGGGACCGCCACAGCUGCUUACCAGAUCGAAGGAGGCUGGAAUGAAGAUGGCAAGGGAGAGAACAUCUGGGACUACAUGCUCCACGAACACCCGGAGUACGGCACGAAUGGCGACAACGGUGACGUGGCCUGCGACUCGUACCACAAGUACCAGGAGGACGUGCAGAUGCUGAAGGCUCUCAACGCGGACGUGUACCGCUUCUCCAUCUCCUGGGCGCGCAUCCUGCCCACUGGAGACCUUGACGUCAUCAACCAGCCAGGCAUCGACUACUACAACAACCUCAUCGACGAGCUGCUAGCAAACGGCAUCCAGCCCAUGGUGACGAUGUACCACUGGGACCUACCGCAAGCAUUGCAAUACAUCGGUGGAUGGCCAAACCCGCUCCUCGCCGACUACUUCGUGGAGUACGCCAGAGUGCUGUUUGACAACUUUGGAGACAGAGUGAAGUGGUGGAUCACGUUCAACGAGCCGGAGGUCUUCACCGGUGGCUACGCCUCUUCUGGCGGCCAGGCGCCCUCGCAGAACGCGUCUGGCAUUGGCGACUACCUGGCCUCCCACACUGUGAUCAGGGCCCAUGGACUAGUGUAUCGCCUCUACGACGAACAGUACAGGGCAACACAGAACGGCAGCGUAGGAAUCACGUUGAAUAUUUCGGGAAGAGAGCCAGCUUCAAAUUCGACUGAAGACUUGGAAGCUGCAGAGAGAAGGCUUCAGUUCGAUGCUGGACUCUACGCACACCCUAUCUUCAGCCAAGAUGGGGAUUACCCGACCAUAGUGCGUCAGAGGGUAGAUGCCAACAGUGCAGCUGAGGGACGACCCCGCUCACGGUUGCCAACUUUCACUGAGGAAGAGAUAGCAUACCUCAGAGGUUCGUCUGACUUUUUCGGAGUUAACCAUUAUUUCACAACCAUGGUGACGUCAGGUGAAUCUGGAAUAUCUCCAUCCAAGAAAAGAGAUUCCGGCGUCGUCAGUGUCAACGUUGGGCAAUUUCCUUGGGCGUUUCGCAACUUACUGAACUGGAUUGCCAAUGAAUACCCAGGUUAUCCUAUUAUUGUGACCGAAAACGGCUUGGCAAAUGGUGGAGGUCUCAAUGACACAGAUAGAAUGAAUUACCUUACGUCUUACUUGACGGCGCUUCUGCAAGCUGUCAACAUCGAUGGCGUUCCAGUGAUUGGCUACACUGCCUGGAGUCUCAUGGACAACCUAGAAUGGAACAGUGGUUUCACCGUAAAAUACGGACUAUACGAGGUGGAUUUCGACAGCCCUAACAGAACCAGGACGCCGAAGGAGUCUGUGUCUCUCAUAUCGCAGAUCUACGGGAGCAGGGAAGUGCCUGAGGAAUACUUCCGCUAUAUUGUUUCUUGAAUUUGUUACUACAACUUGCUUUGUUCUCUGCUAUACACUGUAUGUCUGUAAUGAAGAAAUAAAGCACUUCGGCUCACUCUA